AUGGCGUCUUUGCACUUUUGCGCCGAGUGCAACAAUCUGCUGUAUCCCGAGGCGGAUCGGACGAAUCACGUCCUGAUGUACGCCUGCCGCAACUGCCCCUACCGCACCGAGGCGGCCUCGCCCUUGGUCUUUAGGAACGAUCUCAAGAAUAUUUCCAAGGAGCAGCCGGGUGUGAUUGACGAGCUGAUGACGGAUCCGACGCUGCGCCGGACGCACGACCUUACCUGCCCCAGCUGCGGUCACCAGGAGGCUGUCAUGUUCCAGGAUCAGAGCAAGCGCACCUUUAACAAGAUGAUCCUGUUCUACGUGUGCUGCUACUGCAACUUCCUGUUCCAGGACGAGCCGGUGAAGCGUCCCCACGAAGAAGUCGAGUAA